AUGGGAUCACUCUCACCAGAAUUGUUUGGAAAUCACAUGAUCACGAUUUUUGGUGAUAGUCUAUCUCAUACUUAUCUAGGACGAGCUCAAUGCUUUUCCGUUAGCGAUGUUUUUCUACCAAAAAUGGAUUCAAUUAAUGCAUUGCUUCAUUUCGCAACAACUUUACCUACAAAGACAAAGAUAACUUCUUUAUCAGUUUGCAACCCGUUUUAUGCUAAUGGAUUCCUUUAUUUUAUUGACCGGAUGAAUCCGAAACAAGCGUUUGUUUUUAAAACAUUUCCGGAUCCAGAACGAGGAUUUAUUGCUUCUUUUCAAACCAGAAUUGCUCGAUCCGGAAUUAUUACAAAAUGCUCAGUGAAAAAAGCAGCGAUUGAUGGUUCAUCCGGUAUGCCAUAUGUUGGUGAUGAAAUUAUAUGGAGUAAUGUUCAAAUGUUCAACAACAGUGCAUUUUUCCUUGUACAAGAUCUAAAAAUUAACACUUGUGUGCUGUGGCGUAUUCAAUUGGAUUCAUCAACUGCAGAAGGAAAUUCGAAAGAUUACGAAUUGAAUGAAAUCCACAGUGAUAAAAAAGCCAAAUCAAAUGAUAAAUUCCAACAUUGUCCAGCUAUUGAUACCAAUGAUUCGAACUCAUUCAGCUAUAGCAAACUUUCUCUUAAAAAUAACUCAAAACGCAAAUUCUCUAACUCUCUAAAAUGGCAAAAAAUUCAAGAAUUUCAUGUUUCAAUGUUCAAACUAUUCGACAAUAGUGCAUUACAUUUUAACGUAAAAGAGAAUUACGCAUCUGUUAAAGGUCUUAAAAUUGACUGUAAUGGAAAAACACUUGGCCAUUGUUUCAUUGCCUUCCAUGUUCAAUAUAAUUUCGAAAAUGGAAUUCCUUCAGUCGCUUAG